AUGGACCUUCUUCGUAGUGGAACUGGCAGAGGAAUAUGCGGACGAACAGAAGCACCCCCCCCUCUCUUCCCCCCAUCCUGUAAAGAUCGGAUCUUUAAGUCCUACCGGAGGGGGUAUAUACCAUAUUCGGUUUGA